AAGCGGCAGAGGAUGACAGCAAGCAGUCGGUGAAACAGGUCGGGUAUUCGUGGGUGCAGGCCAUUCGCGACCGUUUCGGGACGAAGCCGGAGGACAUGAUCACGCUUGAGUGGACCGGCGAGGUGCUAGAGGUGUCCGAUGGGCUGGACGUGUUUCAGCAGUCUCUGACGAUCACGAAGUUGCCCGAUGCGGGUAAGAACUGGCAAGUGAAACAGCUGACGCUGUGGAAGCUGCGACAGGAGCACCCGCAGGCGGACCAGGCGUUGCGGGCGGCGCCGUAUUUUUCUUCGUUUAAGAAAACGCUCGAUUUGUACAGGGAGCGGCAGACGCAGAUCCGAGAAAACAUCGAGGAAGAAGCGAGUUCGCGAGCUAGUUUGCCGGUGGUCUCGCAGGAACAAAGGCCGCGGGCGGGGGGCGACGUCGUCAAGGGGAAAAGUGCUGUCGUGGCCCCAUCCAGUAGAAGUAACUCGAAGAUAACAUCAUCAUCUUCAGGCACAAGAGCCCGAGCGCUGUCAUCCCCUCCAGUAGAGCGGGAGACGAGCGAAGCAGUGGCAAAAGUAACGGGACUCGCUGCGAGCGGAGGUUCGAAGAGCCCUGCUGAUACCACAGAUCAAUUAAGUGCGUACAAGACCCUGGCUAAGAAACGCGCUGACUUGGUGGAGGAGCUGGAGUUUUUCGUGAGAAAGUCUGAGUGGUCGGCGACGUUUCUAAAACGACUCCACGACGAACGGCAGAAACAAGGCUCGAUUCCCGCAGGCGGAGCGCAGCAAACCGGAGGAUCUUCCCCCGGCAAUCUACCGGGGCACCCACUGUAUUCGAAGUCGAUGUGGCUCGCCGUAGAACACCCAGUUUCUAUGAUCACGAGUGUGUCUCGCCUGGUGUCCGGGGUGGUCUUUUACCCGCAGGUCGGGCAAAAGUACCGUGCCAGCGUUGGGUCGGGGAGUCCAGGAAUGUUGCGUCGGAACUUUCACCGCUACUUGUCGGCGAUCUUCCCUCGCGCGCGAGCGCGGCGCGACGUUUUCAUUCGAGUAACGACAACGACGCCGCCACCAACUGCCGUCGUGAGAAGCAGCAUCACAGCUGGCCCGCCCGCUGUGGCCGAAGAAACACAGCAGGUUGCAAAGGAAAUCGAGACUGCAAAACUAAGUACAGCGGUUUCAUCGGGGAGUUCGAAGGCAUCUACGGCAGCAAACAGGCCCGGGCCUGUGGCUGAAACACCAGUACCCGCCCCCGUUGAUGCCGCAGCGCCAGUAGCGAAACCCGAUUCGAUCCUCCCGGUUAGCACGCCAGUUGGCACUCCUCCUUCUUCAAUAGCACCAGUGGUGACAACUUCACCGCCGAUUCCGGAAGAAGGCGGAGGGGUCUCGUCCGCCGCUCCAACAGUGACCACUUCUGCACCAGGUACCGCGACCGGUCAAACAGCGACUUCGGCCGCGCCCACAGCAGGCAACGUCAACGAGUUAUCGAGCGGUCUGCUGAAAGUAAAAAAAGAUUCGGGUGCUAAGAUAGAGGAUUUGGACACAGCAGCCGGAAUGGACUCAGUGUCUGCAAAAGCAAACACCUUCUCAUCCAAACCGGCUUUGGCGGAAGAAAAAACGAAAAACACCACUGCUGAAAUUACCACGGGCAAAACGACAACGAGCGAGCCAGUGCGUGAGAAAAAGCCCAAGGCGAAGCCUGUGGUAAGUGUGCCACGGGACUUGAAGUCGGGCACGACUUCUAAACCACCUUCGUCGCGCGGGGACAAAACUACACCGGCAGCGGCUAGUAACACCAAAACGAGAGGUUUGUCUUUCGCCAGUACAACAGAUGACGUGGUUGAAAAUUCAGUUCCACAAAAAAAGCAACUGCAACCAACUGCGGGCCUCGCUCGACAAACCACUACUGCUUUCUCAGGCCGUAAACUUUUGGAAGAGCCGCAGGUCGCACCGAACAACUGGCAACUUGCGACGCAUGAAAAGUCGGGAACAUUUUUCGGCGCCUUGCCUUCGCGUUCUUUGACUUUCUCGCGGUUCACUACGGCGCAUCUAUUUCUCGAGCCAUCGGCGCAAUUGUCACGGUCAUCCCUGACGCUUGUCCGCACCUGGUACAGCCUGCGCAACGGGCGGGACCACACUUGUACGUCUACGAUGCCUUCGGCGGUGGCAAAUUUCGCGGCGUCGGAUGUUCGUGGACAAGAGCACGCAACUGCGGCGCAGUCGGAUCUCCAGGAAGCCUGGGUGGCGCAUUUCACUCUUGCAGACAAAAAGAAUGAAUACGGAAGUACAAUAAAAGGGGCAUCAGUACAGUCGAAAAGUAGUAAGAGCGCCAGUAGCCAGUUUUGCCGGAGUCACGUUUCGCCCGCUUUUACUAGCGCGAACGUUGCGAGCUUUCGUAGCAGCGUUGCGAAAAAAAUCUCUUCUUCCGUGGAUAUGGUGGUCUAUGAUCAAGGGGCAGACACGGUCAUGAGGCGAGAAGGAGCAGCAGCACCAGCAGGAGUUCCCGGUGCAGUAGCUGAACCAGAGGAGAAGCAUGCAUCUGAGAAACAAUCCGGACUUACUGAUCCAGCUGCACAAUUCUCAAGAGUAACGGAGAGUAAGCUCGAGGGGCGUGUGGUAUCUCCCUCGCUGCCGGGCGGCACAAGCACCAUGAAGCAAUUUAUGAAAAACGUGCUGUCAGAAAAGAACGACAAAUUCCUCAUUGUCGAUGGUGUGGGCGACUUCUACGACGGCCACGCGGAGCACUUCCAGUUCUUCAUCGACGGAAAUGCGGCGACAUCUUCUAAUGCAUUUGCCUCCGUGAAUACGCCGCAAACGCAGAUGGCAACGUCACAGCAGCACGCUGACAGAGGAAGAAAGAAAAAGAACAGUUCUCAUCCUGCGCCCUCUACUCCACAGGACCUAAAGGCGACGUCAGCCUCGUCUCCUUCCGCAGGACAAGAAGGAUCAUUUCCGAGAAACGACGAGGCCGCCCGCGCGUGGGCUCCUGCGUCGAGCAGCACGGACGAAUUUCGCUUACCCGCCGCGGACAUCCCAGGUUCUUCGAUCUGGAGUACGGUGCGAAACUUUUUCGGUUCCUGGUGGACCGAGGGAGCCGCCGUGCAGCACGAAUCAACGGCUGGCGGAGGAGAGGAGCUGCAAAGAAGUCGCAUUGAGGCUGCAAACCAGCUGCAUGGCCUUGCGGCGCCCGGCGCGCUUGGUCUCGCCGCCUCGUCCCGUGACGCGCUCAAUGUCCAGACACUCUCUGAUGCGAGUGCGAUCGACGCAAUACCAGCCUCGCCAGAGUCCCAGCGGUUUCAGCCGUACUGGAAUCCCGUACUAUCUGCGGCAACCGCGUUUGACAUCAAUCGUGUUUUGGCAUUGGUCGCACGGAUUACAGGCAUAACGCAAGCGAGUGCAAAAAUUUCUCUUCCGAAAGACACAGACAUGACCAAGCAGGCCUCGCAUCCCAACUUUGUCAGCGUAGAAGUGGACCUUUCCGCCACACAAGCUGUUGUAAGUGAUGGAGGACUAUUAACUGUUCGGCUCCUAGCCGAGAAUGCGCUUGAGGAUGAAUCGGGACGAGGAACCACAGACAAAGCAGCAACGCCGGCUGCACCACCGACAGAUCAAGGUUCCUCUGCAUCUUCUUCUGUUGCAUCCAAGCCGCCCGCUUCAUCUUCCAGUGCCGCACCACUCGUGACGAUAGCUCCACCAGCUUCACGUGAGCAAGCUAUAGCCGUUCCCUCGCGAGAGAAAAUAAAGCCACCGGAUGCUGGUACCACGACGACUGCAAAGACCUCCGCUCCAGCAGUACUACCCGUUCCUGAAGUUGCGGGCGCCACGCUCGAAGCGGGUUCUUACUGCUCGCCUUUUUUCCUAGAGUGGUUUCUGUCCGUGAGCUGUGGUAUCCAUGUGCGGGAUGGUCUCUUCCAGGCCUUCGCGCAAGCGCGGGAGCACGCGUACUGGCUCUCCGGAGCGCGGAAGUGGCACUCGGAACUGCAACUCCAGGAACAGGACGACUUUGCCCCCGAAGACGCAGACGAAGAACUUCCCCCGCGACGGCAACUGCAAGCGAGUUCGGGCGAGGUCGUGAAAUUGCUCCCGGACAGCGAGGACCUCCGCCGGACAGAGGAAGUGCGCCUGCGCCAGGAGUGGCUGACCUUCCGGGACUUCGUGCUGUUUCGGACUCUAGCGAGAGCGCCGCUCUUUCCCUUAAGAGGCUUGAGUCGGGGCCUGUUCUUCGUGGGAGGGUUUGAAGAGGCGAAUGUUCUGAAACUGCCCGCGCCAGAGGAUGGUGGUGCAAGCGUAACUCCUGCUGGUGCACCUCCUUCGGUAGUAGAUGGAAGCAGUCCCACUGGCGUAUCAGAAGGUGCUGAGGGAGCAGAAGUCGGGCACCCUGAACCUGGUGCUCAGGAAAAAACGGAAAAUCCAACGGGAGAUCGGUCAGGGGCUAGCCGGGCUUCUUCGCCGGACGGCGCCACCAGGAGGACCAGGCGGAUGCAGAUGUCAGAGGGUACUACUACUUCUCAAGCGGAGACUAACUUCGGCACAACAGGCGACUUAUCGGAACCGCAAAAAAUACGAAUAGCCUCACCAGAGCAGAUCUUCAUAGCACACGAGAGUGUGUAUGCGCACCACCCGGAUCAGGUGGUGAGGGACUUCGCUCUCGAGGCACGCUGGACUUUGUUUCAGGGUGCUGGGUUGCAGCAGGUCUUCCUGGAUCCGGACGUGUUAUUUCCGAUAGCUGCGCCAACACAACUCGGGGGCAGCACCAGCAGCGAGGCAGCAGAUGAUCCCUACCAACGCGAACGGGAGCAGCUCCGUGCGGCGUUUCAAGAGGCGGUGAACUUUACCAAAUCCGUGGAAGACAUUCUCGAGGACGCCCACGUGAUAAGAACAGGAGAUCACCAUAUCGACCAGCACAACUACCGAGGACAGCACUCCUCGAGCCUGAACACGCACGAGGCCCAUCAACUUUCAGCCGUCAGUGCGGCCCUGCCGAAACCCCAGGGGCAGAUCUACGGGUUUGCAGCCUUCCAGUUUCUGCAGUGCCCCUGUCACACCGGGAUUCUCAAUUGGCGCAAUCCGAACUAUGUGCAGCAAACCAUCGAGUUCACACUGCAACAGGCUCUGGAAAUCCCGAGCAGCGAGCAGUACGGCAUUUGGCUGCUGGAGACACUCCCCUGGCGGCAGCCGAGCGUGGCUGUCGCCGAGGCAUGGUCGCGGAGGAGGCGAUGGGUGGUCAAGAGCGUGCACCAAAAAAUAAUUCUUCGCAUGAGCGGCUACGAAACGCUGCAGCUCGUCGCCAAGCGACAUGAGAGCUACUAGGCGAAGAUUAUGGCAGUAGGAGUAGCCGUUUUAUCAUCUUGUUCUGCUGCUGCGAGGUGAUUUUGCGCGGUCGCGGUGUGUCCCGGAUGCGCUAGACCUCUUGCGUAUGAAAAAGUGGAUAUCGCUGCGCCGGGGCUUUGGUUUUGGUCUUCCAUAGGUUUCUCGGCUUAGCUCGCCGCUUACAGUGCACUUCAAACAUGUUGGCUCUACUUCUGCGCAGUGUCGCCCUUCCAAGAAUUAAGUAGAAUCUGUACAGGC